CAAUAAAAUCGUAAAAUUUAAGCAGAAAAGUGUGUGAAAAUUUGUUUUCAUUUGUAAUGUCUUUGAUACGUUUAAAACCAUUUUUACAAAGUAGUUUUUCAAUUCGUACAAUUUCCACAACAAAACUUUGUACGGAAAAAUCUACAGAAAAAAAAUCAACCACAAAUACUAACGAACCUGUGGGAAUAUCAAAAGAUCGUAGUCAAGUGAUUCCCGUCGAAACGAGUAUCAAAUAUUUAAAAAGUAACGCAUACAAAGAAACAUACGGCGAACAACCGGUUUGGACACAAUACCGACGAAACUUUAAAGGUGCAUUUGCACCGAAAAAAACACGUAAAACGUGUAUUCGAAACAAAGUAAUUUCCACGGGAAAUCCAUGUCCGAUAUGUCGAGAUGAAUAUUUAGUUUUAAGUGAAAAUAAUCCCGAAUUGUUACAACAAUUUAUUUGCCCACAUACGGGAACGAUUUUAAGCUAUCAAAAAACCGGUUUAUGCCAGAAAAAACAUUUCGAACUGUUGGUGAGCGUUCAAAGAGCACGCGAUCGAGGAAUUCUAACAUUUGAUGUUCCAUUCCGAAAUUACGAUUACAGUUUAUAUUACAAGUAA